AUGAGCCGGUAUACGGAUAUAUCAUACGAAGGAACGAGCUACACGGUAAACACCGGACUCGAUAUCAAAGAUUUUCAAAUAGAAGAGGAUUGGUAUAACAGGCCCGCGUCAGAAUGGUCUGUAAAACGAAUAGGCCAAUUGCAGGGGAAAGUGGAACAAUAUACUUAUAGAAUAUAUCAUAGCAAUAAGUACGGGAAACAUAACUUGGCGAGGUUAAUUCCAGGGCAUGUGCUAAUAAGUUUUGCAAACGAGUGUUUUGGGUAUGAUGGUUGGAGUUCGGAGGUGGAGGAAAUCACAAGUUUGGAGCACACCGAGAAUGCUGCGUCUGAGGAUAAGAGGGAAUCACAUACUGUUCUUGCAGAAGCUAGAGUCAAACUGGUGUUGAAAGAUGAUACGUACACUUUUGCAGGUGGAUUCGGAAAAUCUACCAUGCCUUUUAAAGGUGAAGCGUUUGCAAAGGCGAAAAAAGAGGCUAUCACUGAUGCCUUGAAGAAUUGUUUAUUGGGGUUCGAAAAAGUGAUUCUCGAUCAUGAGAUUAAGAUAAAACAGAACUACUAUGUGGAUGGUGUCUUCAAGGCAGAAAUGUCAAAGAUCGAAGGAAAGACCUCGAUUCCGAGAACGGUUCGAUGA